AUGAUUGCACUCGUACUCUUGGCCGUAGUUGGGAUGUCAAUGCAACAGAAGGUUGUAAAGAACAAACCCCACAUUGUUUUCAUCUUGGCAGAUGAUUUGGGAUGGGAUGACGUAAGCUUUCAUGGGUCAUCUCAAAUACCCACUCCGAACAUGGAUGCGAUGGCGGCGGAUGGCAUCAUACUUAACCAGCACUACGUUCAGCAUUUGUGCACGCCAUCGAGGUCCUCGCUUAUGACAGGCCGCUAUCCCUACCUUACAGGUAUGCAGCAUUUUGUGAUCAUGCCAGCGGAACCAUCGGGUGUGCCACUGAAAUACACUUUUAUGCCACAACACCUCAAGCGCCUCGGUUACCGAACCCACCUGAUUGGAAAGUGGCAUCUUGGCUACUAUGAUAGCAAGUAUGUACCCGUAAACCGUGGAUUUGACACAUUUCUUGGAUUCCACGGCCCCUCACUGGACUAUUACACCCAGAACUUCACUCUUGAUAAUCAUACGGGACAUGAUUUUUGGAAUGGUGACAACAUUUACUGGGUCGACAAAGAAAAAAAACAAUACUCGACACAUUACUACACGCAAAAGACCAUAGAACUAAUUCAGCGUCAUAAUAAAUCAACGCCAUUGUUCUUGCUCCUAACUCAUCAAGCACCUCACGGGAGUGGUGGGCCCACGAUUCUCCAAGUUCCAGAAAAGGGCGUUAGGAAUUUUUCUUACAUUAAAGAGGAAAACAGAACAUUAUAUGCAGGUAUGGUGGACGCACUGGAUCAAUCUGUGGGUCGCGUUGUGGAUGCCCUGCAAAAAGCGGACAUGUUAAACAACACGAUUCUCGUGUUUUGUACUGACAACGGAGCAUUACCCUGGGGAUUGCAGUCAAAUCGAGGCUACAAUUGGCCCCUUAGAGGAGCCAAGUUCACCUUGUAUGAAGGUGGUGUUAGGGGCACUGCUUUUAUAUGGAGUCCUCUUCUCAACAACUCGAAGCGGGUUUCCAGCCAACUAAUGCACAUCACCGAUUGGCUUCCGACAUUAUACUCAGCAGCGGGAGGAAAUGUGUACGACCUCGGAAGUAUUGAUGGAGUCGAUAUGUGGGGUGCAUUACGUACAGGAACUGAAUCCAGGCGUACAGCUGUGGUGCACAACAUCAAUGGCAGAUUAAACUACUCUGCUAUUCGGGAUGGCGAUUACAAACUGAUUGACGGAACAUACAACGAAAGCCUAUUUGACCAGAGGUUUGAGAGUGUUGGAGGCAAGCGCCCGUACGAUGACCUUGACAUAUUGAUGAAUAACUCCAUGGCUGCCAACGCGUUGAGGGCCUUUUAUAAAAAGAAGCAUCUGAAGUACCGUGAAAACUGGAGAAGAGACGCCAAAAUUGACUGCGGUAACAAAACCUCAACUGUGGACAUUCAUCAGGGGAGAUUCUACUUGUUUAACAUAAAGGAAGAUCCCUGCGAAACGAACAAUUUGGUAAAGAAGCCAGAACUGGCCGAAGUGCUUCAGGACCUUAAGUGGAAAAUCGAGUGUUCUAAGGCACUAGAGGUGACACCAAUUAACAAAGAAAUCGAUCCUGCAGGAUUCCCAGAGCACCACAACGGCGUGUGGGACCAUUGGGUUCCAACGUCAUUCAAGAAAAGCAUCCUGGUGAAAAAUAAAGUGGCUUAG